AUGAAGUGGGCUGUAACCAUAUGGGAUGAGUUGCGGAAAAGUCGAACGGACACAUAUCCCAAUGAGAUGCUGGUGGCUGCCGUGAAAGCGCCAAUAUGGGAGGUUGGCGACAUCGAGCUGGUUUGGCUACUCCAGCGAUUUGUUUUGGAGAUCAGGGACCAAAAAGGCCAGAAAUACCCGGGUAAAACUGUCCACGAAAUUGUAGUCGAACUGCAGCGCGCAGUGCGCGAAAAGCGGCCAAGCUGUGCCUUCUUCAAUUCCUUUGAGUACAAGGGAUUUCAGGAUGUGAUGGACACAUGCAUGAAGGAGUCCGCCAGAACGUCUACAGGUCAACGCCGCCAAGCGCAGCCGAUCUGGCCAAAGGACGAGGACAAGCUCUGGGAAGCUGGCGGUCUCGGUAGUGACCAGCCCCAGCAGCUGCUGGAUACCGUGUUUUUCUUGGUUGGGAAGAACUUCGCUCUGCGAAGUGGCGAAGAGCACCGAUCCCCGAGAUAUCUGCCGAACUCGCAGAUAACCCUCCAUGAGCCUGAGGAUGGCAGAUCUUAUCUGCUCUAUACGGAGGAAGUGUCGAAAACCAAUCAGGGCGGGCUUAAAAGCCGCAAAGUCCAGCAGAAGUCUGUGCGCGCUUAUGACAACCCUAGCUGCCAACCUCGAUGCCCGGUUGCCAUAUUCAAGAAGUACGUAGCAAAGCGACCGAGUGAAGCUCAAGCAUUUUACCUGAAGCCUUUGCAGAAGCCAACGGAGCAAACGUGGUUCGGCAAUGUGCCUCUUGGGAAGAACACAUUGCGGUGUAUGGUUGCAGAUAUCUGCAGCAGAGGUGGCCUCAGUGGGUUCUUCACGAACCAUUCCUUGCGGCGGACGUGCGCUACACAACUGUACGACAACGGAGUUGAUGAACAGACGAUUAAAGAGGUGACUGGACACCGCAGCGACGCUGUGCGGCAGUAUAAGGUCACCUCCGAGAAAAAAACAGAUGGCAACAUCUGA